CCCCCCGUGACUCUGCUGCGCCCCCAGCUGGCGGCCAAGGAGGCGCGGCUGCGGGAGGUGGAGGAGGCGCUGGGCCGGGAGCGGAGGGGCGGCCGGCGGCUGCUGGCGGAGAAGGAGCGCGAGAUGGCGGAGAUGCGGGCGCGGAUGCAGCAGCAGCUGGACGAGUACCAGGAGCUGCUGGACAUCAAGCUGGCGCUCGACAUGGAGAUCAACGCCUACCGCAAGCUGCUGGAGGGCGAGGAGGAGAGGCUCCGGCUCUCUCCCAGCCCCUCGUCUCAGCGCAGCGCCGGCCGCGGCUCCGGUUUGCACCAUUCCACGCCGGGCUCCGCCAAGAAGCGCAAACUGGAGGACGGCGAGAGCCGCGACGGCAGGGAGGGCCGCACCAGCUUCUCCCAUCACGCCAGGACCAGCGGCAGGGUGGGAGUGGAGGAGGUGGACCUGGAAGGGAGAUUCGUCCGGCUGAGGAACAAAUCCAACGAGGACCAGGCUCUGGGGAACUGGCAGGUGAAGCGGCAGAACGGGGACGACCCCCCCCUCACGUACCGCUUCCCCCCCAAGUUCACACUGAAGGCAGGGCAGGCCGUCACGAUCUGGGCCUCGGGGGCCGGCGCCACUCACAGCCCCCCCAGCGACGUGGUGUGGAAGGCGCAGAGCAGCUGGGGCUCCGGGGACAGCCUGCGCACCGCCCUCAUCAACUCCAACGGGGAGGAGGUGGCCAUGCGGAAGUUGGUGCGCACCGUCAUCAUCAACGACGACGACGACGACGAGGAGGACGAUGAAGUCAGCGUCCAUCACCGCCACCACCAUCCCGGCUGCAGCGGCUCCGCAGACCCGGCCGAAUACAACCUGCGCUCCCGCACGGUGCUGUGCGGGACCUGCGGGCAGCCGGCCGACAAAAGCGGCGCCGCCGUCGCCUCCUCGUCCUCGUCCACCUCCACCGUCACCGUCAGCCGCGGUUACCGCAGCUCCGGAGGCGGCAUCGGGGAGGGGCUGCUGGGCCGCUCCUACGUGCUGGGCGGCGCCGGGCCCCGGCGUCACGCUCCGGCUCCGCAGGGCUGCAUCCUCAUGUAGCGCAGCCCCCGGCCGCUCCGCGCCCCGCUCCUCAUUUCGGGCUCAUUUCGUCCCAAAGAAGCGCGAACCAAAGACGCCUUUUUUUGUUCUCUUUUCUAUUCGAGUUUUGUAUGGAGCUCCGCCCCCAGCGCCGGGCGCCGCUUCCCCUCUUUUUGUAAAGGGAAACGGAGGCUCUAUUUCUAUUCCCCCCCCAAAAAAAAAGAGAGAAGUCUGUAUACAGAGAAUGGAAUAAAAGCUUUUCUGCCG